UUAUCGAAAGUAACACUUCAUAAUUGAAAAAUAGAACUUUUUUCUUUUGCUUGGUAGGGGUUUUGUAUUUUAAUAACCCGUUCUGUGAAGCAACAUCAGAAGAAACCUCCUCGUCCCGUUCCACUCGAUAUUUCGGGGCGGAUGGCCACAUGGGAAGAAGUUUCGGCGGUUGGGAAGAAAGUAUACAAUGAAAAGCUGCCCGCGGAAGAACCUAAAGAAGAGUCAGCUGCCAAUGAGGAGUCGCAGAUGUUUGAGUUUUUGGAGAAACUUGAUGUAAAGCUUGAAGCUGAAGAUGCAUAUUCAAUUAUACUAUAUGGAACUGGUGCCUUGGUUGCUUUGUGGCUGGCUUCAGCUGUUGUCGGUUCUAUUGAUUCACUUCCAUUGGUGCAUUUUAAAUAAAAACUGGGAGGAGUUUGGCUACUAAAAUUGAAGAGCUUAAGCAGCAGGUCCUUGGCUCAGACAAUGAGCGACGUUGGAUUGAUUUGAUUCAAUGUGUUCCUUUUGUUACGUAAAAAGAUGAAAUGCAGAGUUGGAUAUUCUCUCUACUUGACAUUUAGGCAACUAGCGUACAAACAUGUGAAUAACCAUACCAAGUUAAUGUAUCAAGAUAAAGAUUUAUUGGUUUUGUUCUUCUAUGCACCCUGCAAGUAUGCAUUUACUUGGUUCAUUAGCAACUUGGUGAGAUUGUGUGAAAGUAAUUUUUCAUUAUAUUUAAGGUAAAUAAGCUUAUUUGAAUUGAUCUGAUGAUUCAGUCAGUUCAAUAAUU